AGAUGGGCAGUAUUUUCCUGCUGUCUUACACAUGAUUGUCGGCUACUCGGUUUUUUUUCAUCAUACGGUCACACGGCGCACAUGGUGUGCGGUAAAUUUUUUUUGCCGGCAAAGAAAUGUAAAUUAAGCAAUGAUUCGGACGAUUUCAAUCCGUUGGCUGCUGCAGCGCCUGGGGGACAACCGGCACUCCCCCUGGCUGGUGGCCAGGUCAAGGAGCUUCUUUGUCCGCACUCUGAGCACCACCAAUCAGGUCAAGGGCGAAACGGAGGAGCUCUCGCAGGCGGAGCUGUUGCGCGAGUUUGCCCACAUGCCGGUGCAGCGCAUUCGGAACUUCAGCAUCAUUGCGCAUGUCGAUCACGGCAAGAGCACACUGGCUGACCGGCUGCUGGAGCUCACCGGAGCCAUUGCGCGGAAUGGCGGGCAGCACCAGGUGCUGGAUAACCUGCAGGUGGAGCGGGAGCGUGGGAUCACGGUCAAGGCCCAGACCGCAUCGAUCUUCCACCGUCACAAGGGCCAGCUCUAUCUGCUGAACCUCAUUGACACUCCUGGUCACGUGGAUUUUUCCAAUGAAGUUUCCCGAUCUCUGGCUGCCUGCGACGGCGUGGUGCUCCUGGUGGACGCAUGCCAUGGCGUCCAGGCUCAAACCGUGGCCAACUAUCACCUAGCCAAGCAGCGCCAGCUGGCAGUGGUUCCCGUGCUCAACAAGAUAGACAUCAAGCACGCAAACCCUGAUCAGGUUUGCCAGGAUCUAAAGUUGCUGUUUGGCAUAGAUCCGGAUGAAGUGCUGCGCGUGUCCGCCAAGCUGGGGACCGGCGUAUCUAAAGUCUUAGAAAGGGUUAUAGAAACCGUGCCGCCGCCACAAGUUUCACGGGACAGCGACUUUCGGGCCCUAAUCUUCGACAGCUGGUUCGACAAGUACCGCGGAGCCCUUAAUCUAAUUUAUGUGCUGAAUGGCAAGCUAGAGCAGAAUCAGGACAUUCAGUCGCUGGCCACAAAGAAGGUGUAUCCCGUCAAGAGCAUCUCUGUGUUGAGACCAGCCGAGUGUCCCGUUCCGGAUGUAUCCGCUGGUCAAGUGGGCUUGAUUGCUUGCAAUAUGCGCAACAGCAAGGAGUCCAUUGUGGGCGAUACCAUUCACCUGAAGAACCAAGCAGUCGCCGCCGCAGGAAGCUAUCGACCGCAACAGCCGCUUGUUUUUGCUGGAGUUUUUCCCGCCGAUCAGUCAAAACAUGUCGCCCUGCGCAGCGCCAUCGACAAAAUGGUACUCAAUGACUCAGCGGUCACGGUAAAAGUGGAUUCCAGCCCGGCUUUGGGACAAGGCUGGCGUUUGGGCUUCCUGGGACUUCUGCACAUGGAGGUCUUCUGUCAGCGCCUGGAGCAGGAGCAUGGCGCUGAGCCCAUAAUCACCGCGCCAUCCGUCACAUAUCGUUUGGUCUUGAGUAACCCAAAGAUGAUCAAGCAACAGGGUCGCGAUACCAUGGACAUUUCCAAUGCAGCCCUCUUCCCGGAACCGCAUUCCAUCAAGGAGUACUAUGAGCCCUUGGUUUUGGGCACAAUCAUCACGCCCACGGAGUAUGUUGGCCAGGUGAUCAGCCUGUGUGUGGAGCGUCGGGGAUUGCAGCAAAGUUCAGUGAACAUCGACGAGACCCGUGUGCUAAUGAAGUACGUCUUGCCGUUAAGCGAGAUCAUUCUGGACUUCCACGACCGCCUCAAGUCGUUGAGUUCUGGCUACGCUAGUUUCAGCUACGAGGACUACGGCUAUCAUCCAUCUAACUUGGUUCGUUUGGACAUCCAUCUGAACGGCAAGCCCGUGGAGGAGCUGUGCCGCAUUGUUCAUGCCUCCAAGGCCACGGGCGUGGCUCGGCAGAUGGUUCUCAAGCUGCGGGAUCUUAUUCCCAAGCAGAUGGUACAGAUCGCCAUCCAGGCGUGCGUGGGCAGCAAGGUGCUCGCGCGCGAGACCAUCAAGGCCUAUCGCAAGGAUGUGACAGCCAAGCUCUAUGGUGGGGAUGUCACCCGACGGAUGAAGCUGCUCAAGCAGCAGGCCGAGGGCAAGAAGAAGAUGCGCAUGUUCGCCAACAUCCGCGUGCCCCACGAGACCUUCAUCAAUGUGCUCAAGCGGUAGGAUCAAUCCCGACCAGAACAU